AUGUCUGAUCGACGAGCUGCAUUAUUGAACAAACGGUUCUAUGAUGUUCUCAAGGGCAAAGUCCCUAUCGAGCCACGAAACUGUCACUUAUUUCUCGAUUCCAUAUGCUCCCAACCGGAUGUUGCGUUAUGCGUAAAUAAGAUAGUGGGAGAAUCAAAAGGACCCUCUAUUGUCCAGGAGGCGAUGCGACUGGACUUGUCGGUAGAGUUUAUGAAUGGCAUUGGUGCUAACGUUCUUGUAUAUCUCCUCCAGGCCACAAGCAUCAGCAGUAAUGUGCUGGAUCACCUGCUUGUCCAGAUAGUCGAACCAGAUUUCUUCUGGUCGGCGUUUAGCCACGCUUUUACUCGUGGAGAGCUACUCGAAAAGGCUCAACAUGCGUUUGCUGGCCUCCUCCUUCGGCUGUUGAACCUUUCCAACCACGACACAACACCUUAUCUCGAACUAGCUGGCAGGCCAACUGUGCUCCCAAAACUUACAAGUUCUGCAAACUUGGAAGUCCGGCUUAUUGGAGAGAAGAUCAAGCAUAUCCUUUCGACAUAUGGCUCCUCAACCCCUCCAUCGGCUGUCAAUGGCCCAGGCGGACGACAUGACAAUGAUCUUGUCAAUUUUCGCGACAUUGCUAUCCUUCCCACAGCAGACGAGAUCAGAUCUAAACAGCUACCAUUCUUGCGCCAUAGCUCGGAACUGGAAGAUGAAUCUGGAGAAAGCACUCGUACCGCGGAUUACCUCGAUAAUACAUUUCGUCUUCUUCGCGAAGACAUGAUAGCAGAGAUGAGAGAGGAACUUCAAGCGCUAGAAGGAAAGAACGUCAAGCGCCACCGCGCCAACCUGAUAGAUGGUGUUAUACUCAAAGGCGUUUAUCAUGGCACUGAUGACCGGAAGAUGUUGUGGGGAAUAACAUUAGAGUGUGUCGACGACCUGCCAUCUCUGAAGCGCAUUCCCCUGAAGGAUAGGAAAGCGUAUCUCACAGAUGAUCAUGCUGGCUCCAAGAUCCUUCGUCAUCAAUCACUCGUCUGUGUGGUGGUUGAUAAGGAAGUGGUCGGCUUUGGCACUGUGAAUCGAGUGGAAGAUCUCUUGAUCCGCAGCCCUCCUGUUAUCGUUAUUCAACUGGACGGGCGGGCGAGUACAAGCAGAACCAUUCUCCAGCUCCGCAAUGCCAAAGACGCGAAGCUCCUCCAGAUUGACACUGCUCUUUUUGCUUUUGAGCCGGUGCUCAAGGCAUUGCAGAAAACGCAGUACAUCUCAGUAUCAGAUGAACUACUGUUCUGGAAGCGUGGUGUUACUCUGCAGAACCCUCCGCAAAUGGCUGAUCAUGUUAUUACGGCUAUCGAAGCCAACCACUCUGGAAACUUGCAACACUUGCUUCAGACUCCAGACCCCAUACACUUAGAUCGUUCGCAAGCCUCGUCUAUUCUUUCUGGCCUGACUCAGAGGGUGUCUUUGAUACAGGGCCCUCCAGGGACCGGAAAGUCGUUUGUGGGCGCCCUCUUAGCCAAAGCUCUUCACGACUUCACCGAUCAGACAAUUCUCGUUGUCUGUUAUACUAACCAUGCUCUGGACCAGUUUUUAGAAGAUCUUCGCAAAAUCGGCAUUCCUGAUAACAAUAUGGUUCGACUUGGGGGCAGAGCCAAACCGCAGCUGGCGCAUCUCAACCUCUUCAAUCCCAGUCAGAGAACGUCCCAGCCCUCACGGACUAAAGCAGAUUGGACGAUGAUCGAUGAAUUCAAGAACAGACUCAAAUAUCUCUGCGGUCGCCUUGACAGCUCUGUUGUAGAGUUCAUGAGAAAUAGGAUUGGCUACGAGGAUAUUUUAACGCAUAUCGAAUUCGAGGAUGAGGCUCAUUUUGAAGCGUUUCGCGUUCCCAGCUCAGAUGAUGGCAUGGCCGUUGUAGGCCGCAGAGGUCGGGAGAUUGACCCAACAUAUCUAAUCGCACUAUGGGAAAGAGGCCGUGAUGCGGGUAUCUUCAAAAAUGCGGCUCACCUGAAGACGGAAGAAUCGGCUCGGAUUUGGACUACCCCCUUGCCUGUCCGUCAGAGCUUGUUGGCGAAGUGGAAGAACGAACUUCAGAAGCAGAUGGUAGACGAUAUUGGCACCGUUGGCAGAGAAUACAAUAGCUGUCAGAUAGACCUCACUCGGAAGUUCGGCGAGUCGUUGGUCGCAACACUCAAGGAGAAAAGGAUCAUUGCAUGCACUACAACAGGGGCUGCGAAAUUUAGUGAAGACCUUCGAACUGCCGCUCCCGACGUUGUCCUUGUAGAGGAGGCUGGAGAGAUUUUGGAGAGCCAUAUUCUGACUGCUCUUGGCGCAAACACAAAUCAGCUGAUCCUUGUUGGAGACCACAAGCAAUUGAGACCGAAAAUCAAUAGUUAUCCCCUGCAGGUUGAGAGUGACCAAGGAUACGACUUGAACAGGUCGCUUUUCGAGCGCCUUGUUCUAAAAGGAUUCCCUCAUGCUACUCUCACCCAGCAACAUCGUAUGCGGCCUGAAAUAUCUGCACUCGUGCGCGAACUCACAUACCCCGAACUCACCGAUGCUGCCAGCACUCGCGGCCGAGCUGAUAUUCGUGGCAUCCAAGAUAACAUCAUUUUCGUCAACCAUGCACAUCCUGAGGACAAUGAGGGCAGAGUCAGCGAUCGCAGCGAUCUUGGUUCCAUGACUUCAAAACAAAACUCUUACGAAGCUGGCAUGGUUCUGAAGAUCGUCCGGUACCUCGCUCAACAAGGCUAUGGGACAGAUAAUAUUGUCAUCCUAACACCUUAUCUCGGACAGCUCUCCAAACUUCGGGAAGCCCUCAAGGCAGACAAUGACCCAGUGUUAAACGACCUCGAUUCUUAUGACUUGGUCCGUGCGGGGCUACUCUCUCCCGACGCUGCAAAGUCAUCCAAAAGGAAGAUAAGGCUCGCUACUAUAGACAAUUACCAGGGAGAGGAAAGUGAUAUCGUGGUUGCUAGUUUGACACGAUCGAAUCCUGAUGGCGCUAUCGGCUUCAUGAAGUCCCCUGAACGUUUGAACGUCCUCUUGUCUCGGGCCCGUGACGGUUUCAUUCUCAUCGGCAAUAUGAACACGUUCGAGAGCAAAUCGCUCCUUUGGAAUCGUCUAUUCGAUCUUCUCAGACAGGCAUCACACAUCUAUGAAGGGUUCCCCGUUAAGUGCGAGCGCCAUCCUGCGCGGAAGGCUAUUCUGCGAGAUGCUAAUGAUUUCGACGAUCAAUGUCCAGAUGGAGGUUGUGCGGAACCUUGUGGCACCAUUCUCAGUUGCAACGUGCACCCUUGUCCUUCAAAGUGCCAUCAACUUUCUGAUCACUCCAAAGUACCUUGCCAACAGCCGUUAUUUGGGAAGUGUGGUGCGGGCGUCCACAAAGUUUCGUGGAAGUGUCAUAAAGGGCCUUCCCUAAAAUGCACUCCAUGCGAGAAGGAUGCGGAGCGCACUACAAAGCAGUUACUGCAUGAUGCAAUACUCCAGGAAAAACGUGAUGCCGAGCAAGCUGCUCAUGAUACCCAAAUGGCUGAAAUGGAUGCGCGACUUAAAGCCGAGGUUGAAAUUAUUGCGGAUGUCAAUACUGCGAAGCAAAGAGAGGCUAUGCUCAAGCAGAAGGAACGAGAGAUCCAAGAGGCAAAAGUUCGCGCACAGAAAACAGCAGGUUCCUCGAAAGACGGCAGUACAGACGCAUCCAAACCAACGACCUCUCCCUCACAGCAAUCCCCACAUCCUUCAUCUGCUCCUUCGCAACCUUCUGGUAGCCAAAAAAGUUCUGCUGCUCGCGACGACUGGGAAUCGCAGAAGAGGCUCAUGGGCGAGCAAAAUGACGCAAUUGAUAGUAUUAUGGCGAUGACUGGACUGGAAGGAGUGAAGUCGCAAGUUCUACAAACCAAGGAGAAGCUAGACUUGAUGAAACGUCAAGGAACGCCUGCCAACAAGGAGCGUCUGAAUCUUGCGCUCUUGGGAAAUCCAGGGACAGGGAAAACAACGGUCGCAAGGCUAUAUGCCCAGUUUCUCGAAUCGAUACAAGUACUCCCAGGAAACGCAUUCAAGGAAACCACAGGAGCGAGCCUGGCACAUGAUGGCGUCGGUGGUGCAAAGAAGCUCAUCGAGGACGUUAUGAAAGUCGGUGGGGGCGCCAUAUUCAUCGAUGAGGCCUAUCAGCUAGUUAGCGCACAGGGUGGGUCUGGUACCGAUGUUCUGGACUUCCUGUUAGCAGAGAUGGAGAACCGCGUUGGAAGCCUUGUUUUCAUCCUUGCCGGCUACAGCCGUCAGAUGGAGAAAUUCUUCAGUCACAACCCAGGCCUUCCGAGUCGUGUGCCACAUAGAUUCACAUUCGAGGACUACACCGACGAAGAGCUCCUUGAUAUGCUUGCUGAUAUGGUGGAGAAACAGUAUGGAGGCAGGAUGAAGGUCGAAGACGGCAUCCAGGGUCUUUAUGGCCGAAUCGCAGUCCGACGCCUGGGCCGUGGUCGUGGCCGCGAAGGGUUUGGCAAUGCCCGUGCACUGCAAAACAUGUUUGCACAGAUACGUCAACGACAGGCUGCAAGGGUAGGAAAAGAACGCAAAAACGGAUCAUUACCGGACGAUUUCUUGCUCGUUAAGGAAGAUCUUAUUGGUCCCAAUCCAGACUCAGUUCUUCCGCACUGCCCUUCGUGGAUAAAGUUGCAAAAACUCACUGGUCUUGAAUCCGUGAAGCAAUCUGUCAACAACCUAUUCAACCUUAUUAGGGCGAACUAUCAUCGCGAGUUGGCAGAAAAGCAGCCUCUCAAUAUGGGUCUGAACCGGGUUUUCUUGGGCUCCCCAGGCACUGGCAAGACCACUGUCGCCAAACUCUAUGGUCAAGCACUGGCAGACCUAGGGCUUCUCAGUAACGGUGAAGUUGUGGUGAAGAACCCUUCAGAUUUUACCGGCCAACACCUCGGCCAAUCUGAACAGAACACUAAGGCCAUCUUGGAGAGUACUGUCGGAAAGGUUCUAGUCAUUGACGAGGCAUACAUGCUGCACAGUAAGAAUGGCGGUGCCCAGGACCCCUAUAAGACCGGUGUCAUUGAUACCAUGGUUGCGGAGAUACAGAACGAUGUUAAUCCCGGCUUUGCUCGGCGCUUUGCGAUUGAGGACGCGUUCAUGUUUGAAGACUUUACUGAACCUCAGCUACAGGAGAUUUUUGAACGCAAGCUAAACGACCAAGACCUCAGUGCAACAGAGAAAGCCAAGCAAAUAGCGCUUGGUCUUUUGAGCCGAAGAAAGAAUCGUCCGAACUUUGGGAACGGAGGGGAAGUGGAAAACAUGCUGACUUUUGCAAAAGACCGAUAUCUCAAACGGCAGGCAUCGCAACCUUCCCAUCUGUCUCAGGACAUCGUCUUCGAACCAGAAGACUUCGAUCCUAAUUGGGAUCGUGAUCAGCACGCUGCAGCAAACUUGGCUCAGUUAUUCGAAGACAUGGUUGGAUGCGAAGCUGUCAUUCAGAAGCUGGGAGAUUACCAGAACAUGGCGCAAGGGAUGAAAGCAUCGGGACUGGAUAUGCGCAAGCAAAUACCUACUAGCUUCAUCUUCAAGGGACCACCUGGAACUGGAAAGACGACCAUCGCAAGGAAAUUUGGUCAAGUCUAUUAUGACAUGGGCUUCCUCGCAUCUACAGAACUAGUAGAGUGUUCCGCGUCGGAUCUCGUUGGCGAGUACGUUGGCCAAACAGGUCCCAAGACGAAGAAACUUUUCGAGAAGGCCGUCGGCAAAGUCCUCUUUGUGGACGAAGCCUAUCGACUCAGCCAAGGUCAUUUUGCGCAGGAAGCCAUUGACGAAGUUGUAGGGCUGAUGACCAACGAGAAGUUCAUGGGCAAGAUGGUCAUCAUCCUGGCAGGAUACGAGAAGGAGAUGAACCAACUUUUGGGCGCAAACCCUGGGCUUUCCAGUCGGUUUUCCGAGGAUUUCAUUCUGCCUAAUAUGUCGCCAACCCGAUGCCUCGAACUGCUUGACAAAGAUCUGUGUGGGUCAAAGGUCGCCGUUCAAGGGCUGUCUGAUCCAUCGUCAUCACUGUACGAGGAUAUGCUCAACAUCAUCACUGAUAUGUCGAGCCUCGAAAACUGGGGUAAUGCGCGCGACGUAAAAUCUAUUGCGAAACGGUUGGCUCGCCCUGCGUUCAUCUCAGCUGGGAAAGCUCCAGGGAGUUCACUGGUCGUUUCAUCAGAAGACGCAUUGCGUAUCAUGAGAGAUCAACUCUCUGAGCAGCGACAACGUCUCAACUUACCAGACAAGACAGUUUCAUCAACCCCUGGUAUCCCACAGAUGGCUAUGUCGAGAAAUAUCGCACCUCCUCCUCCUUCAACCUCUCAGAAUGUGUCUCAUAAAGCUCCUCCAAAUCCCCCUGCUUCCAAGCCAUCUCGUCAACAAACAUGGCAGCGGCCCGAACCUGCCUCCAGCCUGAGUGGGCCAUCUCCACCAAACACCACGGUUUCAUCUCAGACAAAUGAUGAGGCGCAACGGGAUCCCGGUGUAGAUGAUGCUACUUGGAUGAGGCUACAGGCGGACAAGGCAGCUGCGGAAGCAGCCGAAGAGGAUGCCGCUGAAGAGUUACGAAAGCAUAAUAUUGCGCAGCAGAAUGCCCUGAACGAGCUGCGAGCUGCAGAAGCUGCUGCACGAAAACUCGCGCAGAAAAAAGCAAAUGAUAAUGCCGCCAAUGAAGAGCUCAUGCGCCAGCGAGAGGCUGCUCGCAUCCGAGAGCUAGAGGCUAAGGCUGCUCGAGAGAAUGCCUUGGCCGCGCUGAGGAAGAAGCAGGAAGAGGAAGUGAGGAGGAGGCGCGAAGAGGCUCAAGUACAGCGGAAGUUGCAGGAAAUGGGUGUGUGCGUUGCAGGCUUUCGCUGGAUCAAGCAGUCGCACGGUUAUCGAUGUGCUGGUGGUACCCAUUUCAUUUCGAAUGACCGGCUGGGUAUCUAG